UAGACGGGACAAGGAAACGUCCUAACUGGUUGUAGUUGUACACGUGCCGCGGUCAACGAAUUAGCAAGUCGGAAAUUUCCGAGUUUUCUAGUUCCGACCAGUAUGUGAACGCAGCAUUAACCACGGAUCGGGGAAUUUCAACGUAGUCUACUGUCAACCUCUACAAGAGGAUAUUGGAUGUUGGACAUUAAGUUAGCUAGUUAAUGUCAAAUUGAUCAAUUUGUUGUUGACAGAGCAAAGGUGUGGUGGAAAUCAGUGUCAAGCCUAUUAGGCCUAACUUCACAAGUAUUGUGUGUGAGAGACCUCCAACAUUAACAUUCCAAUGCCUCUGCUAUUCCUGGAGAGGUUUCCCUGGCCAAGUCUGCAGACCUACACAGCGCUGAGUGUGGCUCUGCUGGCUGGAAGCAUCUUCAGCGCUUACACUACUGUGACAGAACAGGGGUUCGGGGUUCCAGACAUGGACGAGCCUCCCCCACCUGCCCCCUUAGAAGGAGAUAAUAGAGGCGGCCAAGGCCUAGAACAUGUGACUAGUGAUGAUGUUGUGGGUGCAGAUACAGAAUUGGCAACCACUGUUAUGUGGUACCUGGUCACUGACAGUCUCUUUGUAUGGGUGUUGGUGAAUACAGCUUGCUGUUCUCUGAUGUUAUUUGCUAAGAUGAUCCAGUGCAUGGUUUUUGGGCCCCUCAGAGUCAGUGAGAAGCAGCACCUGAAGGACAAGUUCUGGAACUUCAUCUUUUAUAAGUUCAUCUUUAUCUUCGGGGUGCUGAACGUUCAGACGGUGGAGGAGGUGGUCAUGUGGUGUCUGUGGUUCUCUGCCCUGGUCUUCCUCCACCUCAUGGUCCAGCUGUGCAAGGACCGCUUUGAAUACCUGUCCUUCUCCCCCACUACUUCUAUGAACAGCCAUGUACGUGUCCUGGGUCUACUGGUAUCCCUGCUGCUGGGCUGCUGUGGUCUGGCUGUGGUCUGUGGCCUGCUGGGCGCUACCCAUGGCAUGCACACCCUCUCCUUCAUGGCUGCUGAGUGUCUGCUGGUCACUGUGCGGACUGGACAUGUCAUCAUGAGGUACACCAUCCACCUGUGGGAUCUGAAGCACCCAGGCACCUGGGAGAGUAAGGGCUCCUACGUCUACUACACUGACUUCAUCAUGGAGCUGUCUAUGUUGUCCCUGGACCUUAUGCACCACAUCCACAUGCUGCUCUUUGGUAAUAUCUGGCUGUCCAUGGCCAGUCUGGUGAUCUUCAUGCAGCUGAGGUAUCUGUUCCAUGAGGUGCAGCGCCGCGUCCGACGCCACAAGAACUACCUCCGUGUCAUCAACAACAUGGAGGCCAGGUUUUCAGUGGCCACAGCAGAGGAGCUGGUAGCCAACAACGAUGACUGUGCCAUCUGCUGGGACACCAUGCAGACAGCACGCAAACUGCCCUGCGGACACCUCUUCCACAAUUCCUGCCUGCGGUCGUGGCUGGAGCAGGACACGUCGUGUCCAACAUGCAGGAUGUCCCUGAACAUCAGUGGUGAUGGGGGCCCGGCCAGGGGCCAGCAGCAGGGGGCUGGCCUCCCACUGGAGAACAACCUGGGCCCCGGAGGCCCCGCUGCAGACGCCAGACCACACCUCAACCAGCACAAUCACUUCUUCCACUUUGAUGGCUCCCGCAUCGCCAGCUGGCUGCCUAGUUUCUCAGUAGAGGUGAUGCACACCACUAACAUCCUGGCUAUCGCUCAGCAGGCCAACAACUCUCAGCUCAACACCAUGGCCCAUCAGAUCCAGGAGAUGUUUCCUCAAGUUCCCUACCACUUGGUGCUGCAGGACCUGCAGUUGACCCGCUCUGUAGAGGUCACCACCGACAACAUCCUGGAGGGACGCAUCGUGGUGCCCUUCCCUGCUCUGGCGGCUGAGCGUUCCCCCCUGCAGGUGAACCCAGGCCCAGAGGAGGGGGCAGGAGCCAGUGGGGGGGUGGAGACGGCCCCCAGCGAGCUGAACAACCUGGAGGUCAGAGGGAGCCGCUUUUCCAAGUCUGCAGAGGAGAGACAAAAGAUGUUGCUGCAGAGGAAGGAUGAGCUGCUACAACAGGCACGCAGGAGAUACUUGAGAAAGAGCCCAGAGGAUGAGGAGGACCUGCCCACUCUGGAGGAAGACGCCCCUGUCUCAGACCUGACCAUGUUGAGACGCAGGACCAUGGCAGCAGCUGCAGAGAGACGCAUGCAGAGCCAACCAGACCAUGCUCCCUGAGUCUAUACUGGACUGUAAACUCCCACCUGGACAGUCUCGCCUCAAACCCACAUCUAAUACCCUUGGAGUGUCCACCAAACUCCCCACGUCCCACCUAAGAGGCACAGCCACCUCCACCGAAAGAGCUAGUACCCCUCUCUACGUUAUAUGAUCAAUGGAAUUACCCAAAUAAAAACAUGACAUUACAAAGUGUUACAAGAAGCAUGGGCUUUGGCUGCACAUGGCACAGGGGCUCUGCUCUUUUAGGCUGCCUUAGUGAGAUAUGAGAGCUGUUGGGCCUUGGGAAUGGUACCAGCCUCCUCUGAACUUACACCAGAGGCUUAAUUGGACAUAGAUCAGCAGUGUUUUAAAGGAGUGGUGGGUGUCUGUCUGUCUGUCAAGAGUUUCUGAAGUGCACCGUAGAACGCCACCUCGCACACCUGUCAUCACAUAGCCGUAGCCCCAGCUUCAUUAGACUUACCUGUCAUUCUCUUUACUGGCCAUGAUGGGGAAGGAAAGAACAUGGUCUCAGAGGAUGCAGCUGAGGUUAGUUAGGGUUUGUUAAGGUGCUAUCGCUACAUACAGCUCAUAGUAUAAUGAAGUAGUUAAUAUUUGUGUUGUAAUGGGCUGAGAUUGCUAUUAAGAUCAUGGGUUGGGUUUAGAACCUACUGAUGUGUUGUUUUAUAACAAUGGAGUGAAAACUGUGAAUUAAGAGGAGGUUUAAUGGAUUCAAAUAUUGUGAAGCUUUUUUAUUUUCUUUUAAUCUUGCCUUUCAGUAAGAGAAUGUCACUUUAGUAUUGCAGCCUCUUCGAAAUAUGAAUGUACUUUAUCCACAUAAUGCUGCAGAGAGAGAGAGGAGAAGAGUUUAACUUCUGGCCGUUGUGGAGACUUGGUUGUUAAUAAUGUGUUAAAUGUUACAUAUCCACCCAAGAAAGAGCACUAUCUGGAUAGGAAGACGGAAUAGUUUUGUGUUCCAGGAUCCAGACAGACAGUUAAACUCUCACCAGUACUGAGUUAUAGAAGAGAGCUGACCUCUAGGUCAACCAGGGGUUUCUAUCUGCAGACUGUAUACCUCUAAAACUUCCCAAAACAUACCUACACUGUAUUAAACAUCCAUUGAUAGAGGUACAGAGGAGUUGGGACGACGGUUGAGGUUUGAAUACUGAUGAUCUGAUCCAGAUUCAGGAGUUGGUUGUUCACUCACUCACACUCCAUUCCUACACUCCAUGUACUGGUAGGUUCAUUCUUGCAGAUGAUAUGUAGGCCUACGUGUUGGAUUCUUGCAGACGAUAUGUAGGCCUAAGUGUUGGAUGUCUGAUAAAACUAAAGGCUUUUGAAAGUUGAUUGGUAGUGAAUCACAAUGGAGUGCUUUAGUUUGUACUUUUAUCCCAAAGAACAUUGAUCCCAUGAACUUCCACAUGUCUUUCUUUGAGAUGUGCAUCUUUUUUUGCGUUUGGUUGAUGCAAAAGAUUUCUCUCUUUCAGCUUGUUUCAUCUGUGGGAUUGUAAGAAGUUUCUACUAACUAUAUUUGUGUUUCAGAGAUGCACCUUUUGUCAAAAACGAAAUACACUAGUCCGUUUUCAUUGAUUCAAGCUAUUGAUCAACUCAUAUUUUCAUAUCCAUGUCAUAUUUUUAUAUUCAUAAGGGGUUAUUUUUGUAACCAUUGUGUAUUUGACCUAAUCAAAAACAUUAAUUAAUAUUUUGGACUGAGCUUUCCUCAUAUUUUGUGCCUAAAUCAAGAAUAGUUCUAUGGAUUGAUUGUGUACAUAAUGUAGUUUUUGUAAGAACUGCUCUAGUAACAUGAAAACAUUAUAAAUAAUAAACAGAGCUUCUCUACAGCCUUUUAACAAA